AUGGCUUCUAUGAUCCAAGAAAAUUGGGCAACCAUCAAUGGCCAAGAUGGUUUUGAUGAGUUCGAGCCAUUGGAAAUCGAUGACACCCUUUGGAUGUCAAUUCUUGAUGAACCACAUGUAGAUGAUGAGUGUGAUGAUGAGAGGUUAUCGAAUGUGAUUCGGUCUUUAGAAGCUGAGAUUAAUCCAAUUGUGAUUGAUGAAAGUGAUAUGAGUUUAGAGCUAGAAUGGAAUGCUGAUUGGGAGGGUAGUCAUCAGUUUUCGACCAAUCAGAAUAUUUCUAAAUCGCAUGAUCUUGAUUAUAACUGGAUGGAAAUUGAUGAUAUGUACAUCCAAGGGUAUGAAGAUGGAAUUGGUGGUAUAAUAGAGUUUGGUGGCGUUAAAGAUUUUUCCCAAAUCUCUUAUGGAGUGGAUGAGCAUGUUUAUGGUGCUUUGUGGCAAGAAACUAAUUGA